CCUAGGGCACAGGAAAGAAACAGCCUGACACCGCAGUGACACAAAGAAGACCUACAUAACAGAUCUGGAGGAGGAAAACCAUGGACAGGCCAAUUGCUGGCCAAGUUAAAGACAAGUCACUCUUCCAGGACAGCGAUGGCAGCACAGUUCCUGCCAAGAGCGUGUGCCAUAAUUGUUCAAAGUUAAAGAUAUUUCUUGGAGCUCUAGCUUUUUCCUUUUUUGCCAAAGGAUUUUCUGGGAGCUACAUGAAGAGCAUGUCCAGUCAAAUUGAAAGGAGAUUUGAAAUCUCAUCAUCAAUUGUUGGCAUUAUUGAUGGCAGCUUUGAGAUAGGUAACUUAAUGGUAAUGGUAUUGGUGAGCUACCUUGGACCAAGAGUUCAUCGACCAAAAGUAAUUGCUGUUGGAUGUCUCAUCAUGUCCUUAGGAGCAUUUUUGUCAGUGAUGCCUCAGUUCCUAAUGGGACGUUAUAAUUAUGAAAGGAUAACUGUUACUGUGGACAACUCCUCUACGAGUGUAUCAGCUUGCUCCCCAGCAUCAUCUGAGGGCCAUCUAGUCACAGAUGCUACAGAAACACCCAACGCAAUGAAAAAUUUUGGAUGUGAGAAAACAACAAAUUCCUAUCUGUGGCUCUUUGUGUUGAUGGGGAACCUUUUACGUGGAAUUGGGGAAGCACCAGUUAUGCCGCUGGGGGUUUCAUAUAUUGAUGAUUUUUCUAAAGAAGAAAACUCAGCAUUUUACAUAGGUCUGGUGAGAUCCUCGGGCAUGUUUGGGCCAACCCUGGGCUUCCUGCUUGGAUCUUUCUGUGCCAGCCUCUGGGUUGACAUUGGCGUUGUGGAUAUUGAUGCCAUCAGCAUAAAUCCUAAGGAUACCCGUUGGGUUGGUGCCUGGUGGCUUGGAUUGCUUAUCUGUGGAGCAGUCAACUUCAUUGCUUCAUUGCCUUUCUGGUUUUUGCCUUACUCCUUACCAAAAGAAGGAGAGAAUGAAAACCUGAAGAUUAGUUGUUUGCCUGUUCAAGGAGAUCACUGUAAAAUAGACACCCCAGCUCAGCCACAGUUAAAAUUCUCAGAGGCAGUAAAAGAUUUCUUCCCAGCUCUGAAGAAGCUGUUUGGAAAUCCAGUUUUCCUGGUGUACAUCUUCCUCACUAUUCUGCAGUACAAUUCUCUUGUUGGGUUGAUAACCUAUGAGACAAAGUUUAUGGAGCAGCAAUUUAAUGUAUCAGUAGCAAGAGCCAUCUUUCUAAUUGGUGUGAUACUUUUACCUGUCACAAUCCUGGGGAUGUUUCUAGGAGGCUUUCUGAUCAAGAAAUUCAAACUCCACAUAACUGAAAUGGCAAAGUUCGCAUGCAUCACCUUUAUAGUAGCAUAUUUGUUAAACCUCUUGUACUUCACGUGCAGUUGUGAGGUGCUCCAGGUGGCCGGUUUGACGGCGCCCUACUCUGGAUUAAAGCAUCUUUCCUCUCCCAAAAACAACUUCAUGACCAGUUGCAAUGCUGACUGCAGCUGCAAGCUGGAUCAGUGGGACCCUGUAUGUGGGGAUAAUGGGAUCACUUACAUGACGGCCUGCUUUGCGGGAUGUAAAUCAUCAACUGGGAUGGGAAAGAAUAUGGUUUUUCACAAUUGCAGCUGUGUGGAAGGACAAGGGCACAGGCUUGGCAAUUCCUCUGCAGUUUUGGGACAAUGCCAAAGAGAAAGCUGUACCAAAGCAUUUCCCUAUUUUUUAGCAUUACAGACUGCAUGUGCAUUUAUUUUAGCCUUAGGAGGCACUCCUACAUACAUGAUUAUGUUUAGAUCUGUUUCACCAGACCUGAAAUCCUUUGCUGUUGGGAUUGAAACUUUAGGUGGUAGAGUACUAGGGGGACUCCCAGCCCCUAUUUAUUUCGGUGCCUUGAUAGACGAGACCUGCUUGAAAUGGGGAACAAAAAACUGUGGGGGAUCUGGAUCUUGCCGGGUAUAUGACACGAAAGCAUUCAGAAAUGUCUAUCUUGGCCUCAUUGCAGGACUACGGGCAGGAUGCUCUCUCUUAUACAUAGUGCUCUCUGUUUUAAUAAUGAAACGCUUCAAACCAGAUGGCAAAGAGAUGACAGAUAUUAAAAAUACAGAAAGAUCAACCAGCAAAGAACCAGCUACUGCCAACAAAAAAGAAAUUCUUUCUGGUGCAAGAACCUCAGAGGAGAGUGAGGAAACUUGUAUGUAAAAAAGAAACAAGGUCUUUUCAUAACUUUGCCUAUGCUUCAGUUUUUCUAAGCACAACAGGGGUCUAAUUACUGGCUUCAACAGCUAGUUUACAUUUUGGGGGUUCAAAAAAACAUCUUUGAAACAUUGACUUUUAAUUUGCUUUACCCUAUCCUCUUCCUCUCCUCAUCUGAAACAAUAGAGAGAAAAGGUCUUCAAAAUUUUGGGGAACUCUCCCAUCCUUUUCCUUUCAGUCCCUUUCUGGACCAACAGUAGGACUAGCCAAAAUUUUUCAAGUGUCAUAAAUUUGAUUAUGAUUGAAAAAUUAAAAAUAAGAAAUCCACAAUAAGCUUCUUUUCCAUUUUUCACAGACUUUAUUUCAAGUCCUCUUGCUCUGUAUUUAGUCCUACAGCUCUC